AUGGCAUCCCCAGACACUGGCUCACAGCUGAUCGCCCAGUCCCUCCACUCCCUCGGCGUCAAGGUCAUUUUCGGCAUCGUCGGCAUCCCCGUCAUCGAGGUCGCCGAAGCUUGUAUCGCCCUCGGCAUCAAGUUUGUGUCCUUCCGGAACGAGCAAGCAGCGUCCUACGCCGCGAGCGCCUAUGGAUUCCUCACUGGCCGACCGGGCGUCUGCCUCGUUGUCGGUGGUCCCGGAGUACUACACGCAAUGGCCGGAGUUGGAAACUCGACUGUCAAUGCGACAUUCCCACUCCUACUGCUGGCAGGGAGCUCAGAGACUACCGCCGGUCCUACAAAAGGCGCCUUCCAACAGCUUGAUGCCGUAUCACUGCUGGCGCCGCAUACAAAGCUCGCAGUGAGACCCCCGAGCUUGGAACAGCUCCCGGAGAGCAUUCGAGAGGCAUACCGCACAGCUUUCUGGGGCCGGCCCGGCGUGGGCUUCGUGGAUCUCCCCGCAGACUUCAUUCAAGGCACUCCUAGAGAGAAAAUCAUAAUCUCUCCGGUCCAGCACCAGCCCCGCGUCAGCGGCUCACCCGCCCAGAUCCGGGCCCUCGCCGAUGCGCUCAGAGGCGCAAAAAAGCCGCUUAUAAUCAUUGGCAAAGGCUGCGCCUACGCGCGCUCCGAAGAUAUCCUUCACAAGUUCAUCGAAACCACCAACAUCCCCUUCCUCCCCACCCCCCAGGGGAAGGGCGUCCUAUCCGACAACCACCCACUCAACAUCGCCACCGCGCGCUCUGCAGCUCUCAAGAACACUGACGUCGCAGUCCUCCUCGGCGCGCGUCUCAACUGGAUCCUCCACUUUGGCGAGACGCCGAAAUGGUCUUCCACCGUGCGGAUCGCGCAGGUCGAUAUCUCGCCCGAGGAGCUCGGCCGCGGCGGCACAGAUCCCGCCCUCUCCGUCACAGGCGACAUCACUGAAGUCGUCACCCAACUCCACAGUGCGCUCUCCGGGUGGCGCUACAGCGACCCCUCAUGGCACGGUCUACUCUCUGCUUCGUCGACGAAAAACAUAGCUGCGGCCGAUAAGAAGGCCGCAAUCGUCAAGAACCCGCUGGGCUACCACCGCUCGUUCACGCUGCUCCGCGAGCACCUGGAGCGCCUGGCCGGCGGCUCCCCGGACGACAUCGUCUAUGUCUCGGAGGGCGCAAACACGAUGGACAUCUCGCGCAGCAUUUUCAGCGUCACCAAGCCGCGGCAGCGCCUCGACGCGGGGACGUAUGCCACCAUGGGCGUGGGGCUCGGAUAUGCGAUUGCGGCCGAGAUCGCCUACAACCACACGCGCGAGACGGGGACCAGCACGCGGAAGCGCGUUGUCGCCAUCGAGGGGGACAGCGCGUUUGGGUUCUCGCUGCCCGAGAUCGAGACGAUGAGGGGGAGGAGGAGCGAGCAGCUGUUGCCGUCGACGGCGUUGAGCUUUGAGACUGGGUAUGAUGUUGUUGCGGAGGGGCUGGGGGGCAGAGGGUGGAAGGUGAGGACUGAGGAGGAGUUGGAGCGGGCGGUGAAGGAGGCGUGGGCGUAUGGGCAGGGGCCUAGUGUGAUUAAUCUGAUCAUUGAGAGUGGGAGUGAGAGUAAGCUGGAGUUUAAUUGGCUGGGGAAGAAGGAGAGUAAGCUGUAG